CGAAGAACAACACAACAAAACCAGUUGGAAAAAUACCCGGGAGAUUUAGCUAAUUAGCUAUGUUAUUAUUUUAUAUUUUCCCUCUAGUAGAUCAAUAACUAAUGAGGUAAACAACUCAGUACUUUGACCAACCUAUAUCGACUGGUUGACCUCUGAUCAAUCUUUUAUCUCGUGCGCUUUUCCCAUAAACUUUUUCUGGUAUAUUUGCUGUAGCUAAUUUUUGAGAUGCCUUCAUUUUUACCUACGGUGGCCAAACAACUCUUCAAAGACAUACAGAAGACAUACCAAGAGAAAACUAAAAUUCCUGAUGACCUGCUUAUUGCGCUGAGGUUUGUGUUUGGCUCCUGUGCCCUCCAGGCCUUGGACCUGGUGGACCAGCGCUCUGUCACCUGUGUCUCAUCCCCCAGUGGACGGAGAGCAUAUCAGGUGAUUGGAGGGUCAGGGCUGCUGUACACCUGCUACACCUCCUGUCACUACUGCUCCUGCCCAGCCUUCGCCUACACUGUGCUCAGGAGGAACGAGAGCCUGCUGUGCAAGCACAUCCUGGCUGCCUACCUCAGUCAGGCCAUGGGUCUGUCCCAGCAGGAGGCCCUGUCUGACCAGCAGAUGUCCAGCAUCCUUUCUGGGAGAGCAGCAAGAACUGACACGUAGAGCACCAGACCCCCAGUUCACUCAUCCAGACCUACAUGUUGAAGACCAGACUGCAGCUACAGACCCAAAGCACAGACACGUAGAGCACAACCCAACAGGUCACUGAUCCAGACUCAAAGCCACACAGCACUAUCUGAGACUAAGCUGCUACAGCACAUCCUGAGGAAAUACGUUUAAAAGGCAAAGCCUACUGCUGCUGUAUGGUCUCCUCCAGUCUGUCUGCAUGUGUGAAGAUUACUUUUAUGGCUUUUAUGUAGGUCAUUGUGCUGUUCUUCUAGAACUCUGGUGUGGUUCUCCGCUUUCUGAAAAUCAAAAGACAACAGAUGUUGCUGUUUUUUGUGAGUGUGUUCAUGUUCUCUGUUGCCAGAGAAUAUGCAUCUGUUCAUUGACUGUAUUUUAAGACUCCUUUUAUAUGAAAUGGUUGUUAUAUGUAGGUUUGUAAACUCUUCUUGUAAGAAUAUGAGUCUGACUUGUAACCAAUAUGAACAUUUUAUUUAGU